CAAGUGUGUCCCCUGCCCACAGUCUUCCAGCUUUGCUUUGCACCAGGAAUUACAAUGAAUUUUGCAGCACAGUUUCUCUACUCAAGGGUGUUAAAAAACAGAAGUCCCAGGGAGCGCUCCAGGGAAGAUGAAGACUACGAUCCGUUCUGGCAAAGGGAUGACAAUAAAAUAAAGAAACAAGAUUCCCCAGCACUAUGUGAUCUUCACUGUUGUAAGGAUAAGCCGAUAAGAAAUGGCCUUACUGGGCAGAAGCCACCCUCUAUCAAUCCUGAGAGACUGAAAGAUUUUGGUGAGGAGGAUUACCUGAAUGGGGAUGUGAAGACCUGGGAAAUGAAGAUAGUGAGCCGUAAUGAGGAGUUACUUAGGGAUGCCCUUACCUGCAUCCCUCAGUCAAGCAGUAGGACCAGCCUGUCAAGCUGUAACAAGCUGAUUCGAUUUGAAGAUAUUAGUGCAGCAGCUUUCAAAAUCCAGUGCGGUGUUCAGAAAACCCCCUGCAUGUAUUCUAGGCUAUCCAAGCAGUAUGGAAUGGACAUCUACCUAAAGAAAGAGUUCCUCCAGUACACAGGAUCGGUGAAAGAACGAGGUGUACUUUACCUUCUGACAUCAUUGCCUCAGGAUCAGCAAAGAAAAGGGGUGAUCGUGGCUUUGGACAGUAACUUUUCCAUGGCUGUUGCUUACCACGCCUCAGAGCUCCAUAUUCCAGUGUUUGUCAUCAUGUCAACCAGCACAUCCCCGGCCAGAGUGAAAAUGUGCCGUGAGUACGGUGCCAUGGUUAUAUCCUAUGGCACUACAGCUAAGGAUUCCCAAACACAUGCAAGAAGGUUGGCGCAGGAGAACGGUUACCUCUACCUUGAAGAGGAGGAUAGUGCUGUCUACCUGGCAGGCCUGGGAACCGUGGGGCUGGAGGUCUACGAGCAGGUGCCAAAGCUGGACGCAGUGAUUUUCCCUGCAGGAGGCCACUGUGGCUUGCUGGCAGGGUCAGCUGCUGCACUCAAACACCUCAACCCACGAAUUUCUAUAAUUGAAACGUUGUGUAGCUUUUUUUUGGUGUCCACUUUGGUGGUGAUUUCUGUUAUAACUGGAUCAAUAAAAAAAAGUGACAACACUUGUCUUCCCCAGGGGGUUGAAUCUGAAAGUUUCCCUGUAUUGCAACAGUCCUUAAAGGCUGGCCACCCAACUGAAGACCAGGCUUGCAACAAUCAUAACUUUUAUGGAGAUGUAAGCGGGCUUUGCUUUGGCAGCAAUUCUUUGCAGCUGACUGGGAAACUUGUGGAUAAAGUUGUUUCUGUGAGGGAGGAGGACAUCCUCGUUUCGAUGCUGAGAUUGCUGGAGUGUGAGAGAGCCACGGUUGAUGCAGAAGGGGCCAUUGGACUUGCAGCGCUGGUUGCAGGGAAGCUGCCCGAGUUGAAGGGUAAAAGAGUGGCAAUUGUUAUAUGCAGUGGAAACUUGGAAUUACAUUUGCUGCAACAAUGCAUAGCUCGUGCCCUGACCCUUGAUAACAGAGUGUGCAGAUUUUCCUUGGUGCUUUCUGACUGCCCGGGAGAUAUUUCAAAACUACUGGAGAUUUUGGCUCGGGAAGAAGCAAGAGUUUUGGAUAUCAAACAAGAACGUACGUUUGUGACAUCUGAGCUCUUCACUGUCGAGGUCACCUGCACCGUGGAGACCAGAGACAAGAUCCACACAGCCCAGCUGAGGAACGCACUCCUGGAACGCUAUCCCAUGGCCGUCUGGACCGAGCGGUGAUGGGCACAGCAAAAGGGAAAGGGCUGAGGUCUUCUGAGAAGUAUUUUACAGAGCCCUCAUCUUAAGGUACUCAGAACAAAGAUUAUCUUUCAAAGCUGAACAGUUAGCAAAUAGUUUUAGGAUAUUUAUUUCCUGCUCCAAGUAUAGAGGAGGUCCUUGGGGAUAAAGUUAAACUCAAAACUUCAGCUUAGCUAAGGG